AUGUUGCUAUUUAAGGGGGCUAAGUCCUUAAGGUUCUAUGGCUAUGCUUGGUACUUGUAUAAGGUAGUUGGUAAGACUCGUGGUCAUGAUAUUGGUGAUGGUAGUGGUGAUGGUAGUGGUGAUGGUGAUGCUGGCGGUAAUGGUGAUGGCUAUAACAAGAGUAGCUGUGGCAGCAACAAGGAUAACAGUACAGUGGUGAUAAUGUUGAUUGUUGUAGCAGCGAAACGCUGUCAAGGAGGUGGUGGUGGUGGAGAUGGGAAUGGAAGUCGUGGUGGUAAGUGGCGAAUGUGGCAGUGGCAAUGGAGGGGGAAGCGGUGGUGGACAUGUGCAGUAGCAGUGAGACUAGGGUUGAGGGUGGAUGAUAACAACAGUGAUAAUGGUGGCAGUAACAAGGACAAUAGUGAUGGUAGUGCUGGUGGUGGUGAUUGUUGCAACGGCGGUGACGAUAGUGAUUGGUGGUGA